ACCGACAUUCGUCAACCUCUUCAACCUCUUCAAGUCAUCUCAGAGAGCUGCAUAAGUUAACAUGGCGAACCGUCUUUCCCAAGUUACUGGCCAUCUCACAAAUACGUAUGGCCGCGGACUGCUAGCUGGUGAAGUAGCAAUCAUUACAGGUGCUGCCCAGGGAAUUGGACGAAGCUGCGCUCUUCUAUAUGCCAAGGAGGGUGCAAAGGUCGUUGUGACGGAUCUAGAUGAAAAAAAGGCGCAGCUAGUUGUUGACGAAAUCAAGGCGGGCGGAGGUGAUGCUAUUGCAGUAGGAGGAGACGUUGCCGCAGAUGACUUCCCUCAGAAGGUUCUUGAAGCUACAAUCAAAAAGUACGGAAAGCUUAACCAUAUCGUCAAUAACGCCGGUUUCACGUUCGACCGGAUGUUGCACACGACACCUGACGAUGCCUGGGACAUUAUAAUCAAGGUCCAUGUCAGAGCACCUUUCAGGCUCAUUCGGGCAGCAGCUCCCUAUCUGCGACUUAAGGGAAGCACGGAGAACCGUUCCAUCAUCAAUGUGUCCUCUACUUCCGGUUUGCAUGGUAACGUGGGCCAGGCCAACUAUGCAGCUGCGAAAUCGGCUGUGAUUGGUCUCACAAAGACUAUUUGCAAGGAGUGGGGUCCAUUUGGCGUGCGAGCAAAUACGGUUGCAUUUGGAUUCGUCCAGACGAGGUUGACUGCAGCGAAGGAAGAGGGUGCAACUAUCGAAAUUGAGGGCAAGAAAGUAGCACUAGGCAUCCCAGGAGGCAAAUCUGCAGCAACGGGAGGCGGAAAGCCGGGAGCUUCUGCGUAUCCAGGCAUUCCUCUUGGAAGAGGAGCCACUCCAGAUGAGGCUGCUGCCGCUGUUCUCUUUUUGGCCUCGCCGCUCGCAUCGUUCGUGUCCGGACAUACACUCGAGGUCACCGGCGGCCAAGGCAUAUGAUAUCUGUUCCAACUGUAAUUUAGCCUUCAUUGCAAACAGACUACGCCACUAGUCUCGGAGUUGACUAUGCAAAUAUUAUCGAUGUUCAAAUUUUGAGGUACUAGGACGGCCUUAUCCAUCUUGGGCCUUAGUGUCUAGUCAAGAAGGUGGUGUAUCGAUAAUCGUGGGCACUAGUUUACGCCAUUUGGAGCCAAUGUCCCUUCUCCCAACCCUUUGCGAGGACCCUAUGUGGACUCCUCAAUCCAAACCAUGUACCUACGUGUACCUCACCAGUGUUGGGAGGAGCAACAGCAACCGGUCGACGUCAUGACUUCCCAAGCUUAAGAUAGCAACAGAGAUCGCUGGAACUGUUCAGGCGCAUCUGCGAAGCUGCUUCAAACGUCGUUCCAAGCAAGCUGCACUACCAGAUACGAUCGAUCGGUCUGUCCUUCUCCCUUUUUUAUCCCAAUUAUCAGUUUUAUGUGCCCUAUGGCUUGCUGUGCGUUGCGCC